AUGGCCGGAUGUUGUCCCCUUCCCCCCCAUGCUGGGCCCGGAGUGGAAGACCCCUUGAAGCAGAGAGGGACACGAUGUCCUCUGAGAUACGAGAAGUGGCCACUUGUAGAGUUCACGCUGAUAACAAUUGAUGUCACUCUCACACAAGAGGAUUCCAAAUGUUCCGCAAACAUUUCUGAGUGUCUACAGAGCAACAGGACGGCGCUCCGAAAUCUUUUCCGGGGCCCCCAGAAGCUCCGUGCGAUAGAGAACGCUGAGCGGAGUUAUGAUCACGCAGUUGUUUCUUUCUUCCCAUUGAACGGUCGGUGGGGUGAGGGGGGGGAGGGUAACGCGGUGUCCUGGGUGCCCCUCCGGCAGGAAUCAGCGGAGCGGGGACAAUUAAACACGGAGAGCGGAAGGUCUGUUAAUGGAAUGAAGUUGUUACAAAGUCACGUGGUUCUCCUCCUCUCCUGCGCGUUGCCAUGCCUGGGGGUGCAGGAUCUCCACGUCAGUCCCGAAAUAAGAGGGAAAAUCUCCACAGCGGCUCAAAGGAUGUUCUGUUCGGCCCCUCUGGACAUCCUUUUUCUCCUCGAUGGCUCUAAUAGUAUCGGGAAAGGAAGCUUUGAGCGCUCCAAGCACUUUGCGGUGAAGCUGUGUGACGCGCUGGAUAUCGGUGCGGACCAGGUGAGAGUGGGGUUCAUUCAGUACAGCGCCACGCCACAGGUAGAGUUCCGCCUUGAUUUGUUCUUUACUAAAGAAGACCUUCAGGAGAAGAUAAAGGCCGCUGUUCUCAAAGGAGGCAGCACAGAAACUGGCCUGGCUUUGAAGUACAUUCUCCGUAAGGGCUUUCCUGGAGGUCGGGACUCUUCGGUGCCAAAAGUUCUCAUUAUCCUGUCAGAUGGCAAGUCUCAGGGAAGUCUUGGUGGUCCGGCAGCUCAGAUAAAGGAGAGCGGCAUUGAGGUGUUUGCUAUUGGAGUCAAGUUUCCAAGGUGGGCGGAGCUUCACUCCCUGGCUACGGAGCCGGUGGAAGAACAUGUAUUCUUUGCGGAACACGUGGAUGAUGCUGUGAACGGCUUGUGCAGCUCUCUGAGUAAUUCGUCUGCGUGCGGCGCAGUUCCCGCAGGGUGCAGUGUCCAGUCUUACCCGUGUGAGCGGCGGACUCUGGAGACGGUGAAGGAGCUUGCAGGGAACUACGUGUGCUGGAGAGGGUCAUCUGCGCCAAACCAAGUGUUUGCCGGACAUUGUCCCUUCUACAGCUGGAAGAGAUUCUUCACAAAGCAUCCAGCCGAGUGCCACCGCACCGUAUGCCCAGACCCGUGUGACUCUCAGCCAUGUAAGAACGGAGGGACCUGCAUCCCGGAGGGAGCAGACAAGUAUCACUGCGUUUGUCCUGUCGGCUUCGGGGGCGAUUCGGAGUGUGCCCCGAAGUUGAGUCUGGAGUGUUAUAUCGAUCUCCUGUUCCUGCUGGACAGCUCGUCCACUUCGUCCCUGGAGACCUUCAUGCGCCACAAGUCUUUCCUCAAGCGCUUCGUCCAGGCCUCGCUGUCCGACGACUCUCCGGUCAAUGUGGGCGUGGCCCAGUACAGCGGCGAGGUGCAGAUGGUGGUGAAGAUCAGCGAAUACGAGAACAUUGCGGAGCUGCUGACGUCGGUGGACUCCAUGCAGUUCAUGGGAGGGGGGCUGUACACGGGGAAAGCGCUGCGUUACGUCACACAGCACGGAUUCAAGAGCACGCCGGCCUUUUCCGAUAUCCGGGACGACCUGCCUCGCGUUGUGGUGCUUCUCACCGGAUCCGUGUCUCAGGAUGCUGUGGCCGAGCCGGCCGGGUAUGCCAGGGACCACGAGGUCUUCCUCAUUGGUGUCUCCAGCGAGACGAGUAAAGAGGAAAUGGCUGAAAUUGUGGCCAAUCCGCACAAUCUGAUAACAUACGACAGCCCCCAGGAACUCUUCAACCAGCUACCGCAACUGCAGAAGAGGAUCUGCAGCAUCGACUCCCCAGGCUGUCAGGCACAACCUCUGGACUUGGUCUUCCUCUUGGAUGCCUCCUCUGGUAUUGGACAAGAAAACUUUAAUCGUCUGCUGAACUUUGUGACGAUGGUUUCCCUUCAGUUUGAUAUAAAUCGGGACGUCACCCAGGUGGGACUCGUCACCUAUAGUAACCAGCCGGAGACCGUCUUCAGUCUGGACGCUCACGAAUCGGUGUCGGGCCUCAUCAGUGCCAUUAACAGGGCGCCCUACCUGGGGGGUUCCCCUUCCACCGGGAACGCUCUCCUACACAUCCACAAUGACGUCAUGUCCAUCCAGAAGGGUGCCCGGCCUGGGGUGAAGAAGGCUGUGAUCGUGCUGAGCGAUGGGCGCGGAGGAGCGGAAGAUGCCGCAGUUCCUGCGCAAAGGUUGCGGGAUGACGGGAUUUCAGUCUUUGCUGUGGGAAUCGGGAGGAUCCAAAGGAAUGCGCUGCUGAGGAUAGCCGGAUCGGAGAGGUUCCUCACUCAUGUACCGAGCUACAAUGUACUCGGCCAGUACGAGGAUGACAUUGUACAGCGGGUGUGUGAAGAGGCAAAAUCCAAAGAGAGUCCGUGUAAACCCAACCCGUGUAUGAACGGAGGAGUCUGCAUCCUGCGACACAACAGCUACUACUGCCAGUGCCACGGAUGGGACGGACCGCACUGCGAGAACCGAAUAGUUAGAGGGGACAGCGCCUGGCCGCUGCCGCUGACCAAGAUUCGGCAUCAAAGGCACUCCUCCGCGUCACACCACCAAUUCAAACCCCAGUCCAGCAGAAAGUCUUUGGGGAGGACACAUUAA